CGUCACCUCAAGAGCUCACUUCCUCUCCUCCCCUCGUAUAUAAACCCGCCUCCCCCGUCUCCUUCCCCCAUCACCCGCAGAUCAAAAACCCACCCGCCUUCCUCCCUCGCGAUCGGCCAUGGCGGCCGCUGCUGCGUCCCAGGUGGCUCUCUCGGCGCCAGUUGGCUCGGAUCGCGGCGUGAGGAGUUCCGGGAUCAAGGGUAACAACAAUCUUAGCUUCAGCAACAAAUCAUGGGUCGGGGGCACAUUGGCGUGGGAGAGCAAGGCAGUACGGCCCAGGCAUGCGAACAAGGUGUUCUGCAUGUCAGUUCAGCAGGCGAGCAAAAGCAAAGUCGCCGUCGCGCCGCUCCAUUUGGAGAGUUCAAAGGAGCCACCCCUCAACACAUACAAGCCAAAGGCACCUUACACGGCCACCAUUGUCUCGGUGGAGAGGCUCGUAGGUCCCAAAGCUCCAGGAGAGACAUGCCAUGUCGUCAUUGACCAUGGUGGCAAUGUGCCUUACUGGGAGGGCCAAAGUUACGGUGUGAUUCCUCCUGGAGAAAAUCCAAAGAAGCCUGGAGCCCCACAUAAUGUUCGGCUUUAUUCAAUUGCAUCUACUAGGUAUGGAGAUAAAUUUGAUGGAAAGACCGCAACAUUGUGUGUCCGCCGUGCAAUUUAUUAUGACCGUGAAACUGGCAAGGAAGACCCCUCAAAGAAUGGUAUCUGCAGUAACUUCCUAUGCAACUCAAAACCUGGGGACAAGAUUCAGUUGACAGGUCCCUCUGGCAAAAUAAUGCUCCUACCUGAGGAUGAUCCAAAUGCAACCCAUAUCAUGAUUGCCACUGGCACUGGUGUUGCUCCCUUCCGUGGGUACCUACGCCGUAUGUUCAUGGAAGAUGUCCCGAAUUACAGAUUUGGUGGCCUAGCCUGGCUCUUCCUUGGCGUUGCUAACUCAGACAGCCUUCUAUAUGAUGAAGAGUUCACAAGCUAUCUUAAGCAGUAUCCAGACAAUUUCAGGUAUGAUAAAGCACUCAGCAGGGAGCAGAAGAACAGGAGCGGUGGCAAGAUGUACGUUCAGGACAAGAUCGAGGAGUACAGCGAUGAGAUUUUCAAGCUUCUGGACGGUGGCGCACACAUCUACUUCUGUGGUUUGAAGGGGAUGAUGCCAGGGAUUCAGGACACCCUCAAGAAGGUGGCAGAGCAGAGAGGGGAGAGCUGGGACCAGAAGCUAUCACAGCUCAAGAAGAACAAGCAAUGGCACGUUGAAGUUUACUAGGAUUCGAAUUCAGGAUUUAUGGUUGUGCUGCGAGUCGAUGCCGAGAGAAGACACAAAACAAAUGAUUGGAUGAUUCUUGCAGCGGUGUAAGACUAUAACAAAUUUUCUUUUUUGGGGGAAUCAUAAAACACCACCCAUGUAAUUCAUAAGCUUCUGCAUCACACGAUGCACAGAAUGAAGCAUGUAACUUUUAGUCGUUUACAAA